AUGUUGCAAUCAAAAGCUUUGGAGACAAUCGGAUUCACAGUCUACUAUGGGAUGCUUGUUCACACUCCUAAAUUAGGAGACCUCGAGGUGAUUCCAAACGCAAGGAUAGGCGUAGAUAGCCGCGGAAUCAUCACAUACAUAGGAACAGGACCUUUGCUGACAACUAUCGAAAGUGAAGCCCGAAGUUACAAUCCAGCCGUCCAGAACAUUAAGAUUGUUGAUAUGACCACCUCCGGAUUCAAGAAAUUUUUCAUUCCUGGCUUCAUAGACACCCAUAUUCACGCUCCUCAAUUUCCCAACUGUGGAGUAUUUGGUAGCUCUACCCUGUUCUCCUGGCUGACCAAGUACACAUAUCCAGUCGAAAUGGCAUUAGAGGACCCCAUAAAAGCAAAGGACGUUUACGAUAGAGUUGUUCAAAAGACACUCUCUAACGGGACUACUUUUUGUGCGUACUAUGCCACUAUCCAUACAACUGCUACUAAUAUCCUCGCUGACUGUGCUUUCAAACAUGGCCAGCGUGCAUAUAUUGGGAGAAGCUGUAUGGACUGUGCAAAGAAGGAAUACACAGACCAUGGCCUAAGUGACGGAAUACAGUCUACCAAGACCGUGAUUGAGCACGUGAAAAGCAUAGACCCACACUACACACUUCUUAAACCAAUAUUAAGUCCGCGGAACGCUAAUAAGUGCUCACCAGACUUUAUGCUGUGGCUUGCAAAACAAAGCUGUGAACAGAGCCUUCCAAUUCAAGCACAUCUUAGUGAGACUGAGGACGAAGUUGAGCAAAUUUUAAAAAUGUUUCCUCGCUGCAAAACCUACAGCGAGAUCUACGACUCGCACAAACUUCUUACCGAGAACACCAUUCUGGGACACUGUAUUUUUUUGAGCAAUGAAGAUCUGAAGCUGAUUAAUGAGCGAAAGAGCUCUGUUUCGCAUUGUCCAACGUCUAAUAGCUGUCUUACCUCAGGAGAAGCAAGGCUGAGAUGGAUAAUUGACAGCGGAUCAAAAGUUGGUCUUGGAACCGACGUGUCAGGUGGAUUUUCCCCGUCAAUGCUCACCACGGCAAGACAUGCAGUCCUUGUUUCUCGACAUGUUGCCAUGAAGACCAAAUCUGACCACGAUAAGAUAUCGGUCAACGAGUCGCUUUAUCUAGCGACCCUCGGUGGAGCAAAGGUGAUGGGUAUGGAGCAAGAGGUUGGAUCAUUUGCUGUGGGAAAAAAGUGGGAGUGUCAGCUGAUAGACCUAGACACCGAAGGGUCUCCUGUUGACCUAUUUGACUUCCUAAACCCAUCUGUUGAGGGAUUACUCUCUGGAGACCCAUUACAUUGUUCCAGGUUCCAGGAUCUCAUUGAUAAGUGGGUUUUCAACGGAGAUGAUAGAAACGUGAGAAAGGUGUACGUUAACGGUCGAUGUGUACUUGACAAGGACUGA